UUGGCCCAGAGAGGUUUGUCGUACGCGAAUGGUUUAGAGCGCCAUGUCAGAUCGAGACCAUUUCUCGCAAUUUGGCAGUGUCUCGGAAUUCCACCGGGAAAUUCCAGCCGAUUCGGACGAUCAGAAAUCGAAUCCGAUGCAUACCAAGCAGGAGAAGGACGACAUAGAAGUCAAAGACCCCUUAUUAAAAGGUUUCCACGCAAAGAGGAAACGAGAAGAAGAAGAAACAUCAACAGAAGAGCUUAGCAUCAGCAAACGCCGCCACAGAACGACAUUUACGCAGGCUCAACUUGAUGCUUUGGAAGAAGCAUUUAACCGCUCCCAGUAUCCUGAUGUAUUCACGAGGGAACAGCUUGCAAAGGGAAUCAACUUGAACGAGGCCCGAGUACAGGUCUGGUUUCAAAAUCGGCGGGCGAAACAUCGAAAACAAGAACGCCAACACCCUCGGACGUCGUUCCCGUACCACUCAGGCAUUUAUUAUCCACAUGAAGGACUCUACUCUCCAGCUUCUCAUCUUUACUUUCCAGUCCCUCCCAUGACCUGCCCAGUCAGCUCUUUACCAGGCUCUAAGAAUUUCCUCGAAAGUCAUAGCCCUUCCUCACGCCCAGUCCGCUCCCCCUGCCGAUCUUGUCCGCCCGGGAGCCUUUGCUGUGGUGCGGGUCCGGCGCCUACUCCCCCUUGGAGUCCAGGCUUUGCACGGCCACUUUCGCCAUCUAAGAGCCCUCUUUAUGAGAAAGAAGGUUCGACGUCUCUCAGUUUGACACGAAAUGAUUGGUCAUCCAAAAGCCUGGCGCUAUUGAGAAUGCGUGCUCAGAGUUAUAGUCACGUGUUUGGUCCCUCAUGUUUCUCCUGAAAAUUUUACGCGCCAAAGGCUUGUUGAUAAGCCAAGGACCUUGGCCUGAGAUGGAAAUUCAUCGUGAGGCAAUGACUAGUAAACGCGUGACGCUCAACAUCAGAGAGAACUGAUCUGCAAGAAUACCUUAAAAAGACUCGUUUUGACAACGUGAGAUGUAACAGUUGUAACGGAUGGUUUAAUGAAUUUCCGUUUAACGUUAGCUGUGUACGGGGGUUUUUCACCUUAUUUUUGUUGUUUUUUGUUCUAUUAUUAUCUUUUUUUAACACGGUUAGAGGUUUCUAAAGAAAUAUUUGUGAGUUCUUGAGGAAUCGAUCAUUAUCAGUCGUCUUAGGGGGGAGCGGAAGUGUAAGGACUUGAGGGGGCACGUGGUUUUCAGAGAGAACGGGGGGGAGGAGAUCAGGCGUCACUAACAGAGUAUGAAGAGGGGAAGGGGACGAUAGAAUAUGGAGUGUUCUGUCAUCCCAUGAAUCCGCUCUCCUCCCUGUUCCCUGUUUAAGGAGCCUCGCUACGCAGACUUUGUUGCAAAUAUUAAGAGAAAUUAAUUGCCAAGAUUUUUUAAUAACCUAACAUGGAAGGGGAGGGGAGGAACUCUAAAAUUAAAACUGUCAAUGAUGGGUCAUUAGAAUUCUAAAGAGCCUUAUAGGGGGAUCAGGUAAAUCUUGUUGUGAAACAACCAUGAUCUUCAGGACCCCCCUCCC